CCAAUAUCCAAAGAGUCUGUCAUUUCUUCUUUAACAUGGCAACUGCUAAGACCAUCACAUUCGUUUCCUUUAUCUUAUUUAUCUCUCUUGCUCUCCACGCUUUUGCAGAGCAAAGCGCAUUAGGUCCUCACUGUGGCUCAAACCCUCCGACUUUAAACGCAAGCAGCGGAGCAGGGCAUGUUGAGAAGCUUGGUGGUUUAGACUCCUAUGUCACUGGCUUUCCCAUCUCCAAGCAUGCGGUUAUUCUUGUAUCAGAUGUUUAUGGAUAUCAAGCUCCAAACUUGAGGAAGCUGGCUGACAAGAUUGCGGCUGCUGGAUUCUUCGUGGCUGUUCCGGACUUCUUCCACGGAGAACCUUACGAUCCCAACAAUACUAGCAGGCCAAAAGACGCUUGGUUAAAUGAUCAUCGACCGGAAAAGGGAUUUGAAGAAGCGAAACCGCUAAUCAAAGACUUAAAAAGUAAAGGGUUUUCUGCAAUAGGUGUUGCUGGCUUUUGUUGGGGUGCCAAGGUUGCAAUUGAACUUGCAAAGCUCAAAAACUUUGUCCAGGCUACCGCGAUCUUACAUCCUUCCUUCGUCACUUUAGAUGAUAUCAAAGAGGUCAAGGUUCCACUAGGCGUAUUUGGAGCUGAGCUUGACAAGCAAUAUCCGCGGGAGCUUGUGAAUCAGUUUGAGGAGGUCUUACGUGCAAACAAGAUCGAUCACUUCGUGAAGAUUUAUCAAGGAGUCAAGCAUGGUUUUACAUUAAGGUAUGAUGUUCAAGACGAUCUGGCUCGUAAGCGCGCAAAGGAGGCUCACAAGGACUUGUUGAAUUGGUUCACCAAGAAUGUUAAGUGAAGGCCUUCAUAACGAACUGGUACCUUAAUUUUACAAAUUGUUACCCAAGAGAAGCACAAAGUGUGAGUGUCAUAGAAAGCUUCCUCUUCCACCAUUGUUUUUGAGUAAAUAACUCGACUUUCUAUGUCCCUUAGUUUUGUUUGAAAGACAUGGGCAUUGUUUAAGAGUUUCAAGUAGACAUAUGUGUGAUUAGCAACAACAAAAAA